GAAGUUAAUUCAGAAUCUGUUAAAGAAGUAAAGGCUAAACCUAAAGCUAACGAAAAGCCUAAUGAUGAUGAAGGCAUAUAUAAAUUAUAUGAAAUGUAUCUUAAAGAUAUUGAUCUUAAACCUAUAUUAGCUUUUAAUAAUUAG